AUGUCCGGAAGCAACGAUGUCUACCAGACUCCCCUCAACUCGCGCUAUGCGAGCACUGAGAUGAAGUACCUCUUUUCUCCCCGCAAGCGUUUCUCCACAUGGAGACAGCUUUGGACCUGGCUCGCGGAGGCCCAAAAAGAGCUCGGACUUCCUAUCACUGCCGAUGCCAUCGAGCAGAUGAAGGCCCACCAGGUCAUCCAGGAUGAUGAGUUCGCCGUGGCCGCCGAGGAGGAGAAGCGCCGCCGACACGACGUCAUGGCUCACGUCCACGCCUUUGGCCAGGUUGCCCCCGCCGCCGCCGGUAUCAUCCACUGGGGUGCCACCUCCUGCUACUGUACCGAUAACGCUGAUCUGAUCCUCCUCCGUGAUGGUCUCGAUAUCCUCAUCCCCAAGCUCGCUGUCGUCGUCGACAAGCUGUCCCAGUUCGCCCAACAGUACAAGGACCUGCCCUGUCUUGGUUUCACCCACGGCCAGCCCGCCCAGCUGGUCACUGUUGGUAAGCGUGCCUGUCUCUGGAUCCAGGAUCUGCUGAUGGAUCUGCGCAACCUUGAGCGUGCCCGCGAUGACCUGCGCUUCCGUGGUGUCAAGGGUACCACCGGAACUCAGGCUUCUUUCCUCCAGAUCUUCAACGGCGACCACGCCAAGGUCGAGAGCCUCGACGAGCUCGUCACCGAGAAGGCCGGCUUCAGCUCUGCUUUCAUCAUCUCCAGCCAAACAUACUCGCGUAAGAUCGAUGUUGACGUCGGUAACGCUCUCGGCUCUUUCGGUGCCACCUGUGAGCGCAUUGGCAUUGACAUCCGUCACCUUGCCAUGCUGAAGGAGGUUGAGGAGCCCUUCGAGAAGGACCAGAUUGGCAGCAGUGCCAUGGCCUACAAGCGUAACCCCAUGCGCUCCGAGCGUCUCUGCUCCCUGGGUCGUCACCUGCAGAACCUCCCCAAGGACGGUCUGGACACCUACUCCGCUCAGUGGUUCGAGCGUUCCCUCGAUGACAGCGCCAUCCGCCGUAUCAGCAUUCCCGAGCUGUACCUGACCGCCGACGCCUGUCUCAUUCUCCUCAACAACGUCACCUCCGGCUUCGUUGUCUACCCCGAGGUCAUCAAGCGUCGUGUUAACGAUGAGCUCCCCUUCAUGGCCACCGAGAACAUCAUCAUGGCCUGCGUUGCCAAGGGUCUUUCCCGCCAGGAUGCCCACGAGGAGAUCCGCGUUCUCUCCCACCAGGCUGCCGACAACGUCAAGAAGCAGGGCAAGGACAACGACCUGAUCGAGCGUAUCCGCCGCACCGCUUUCUUCGAGCCCAUCAUUGCCCAGCUGGACACCCUUCUGGACGCCAGCACUUUCGUCGGCCGCGCUCCCCAGCAGGUUGAGAAGUUCACCACCACCGAGGUUGCCACUGCCAUCAAGCCCUACGCUUCUUACAUUGCCAAGGGUGAGACCUCUGCUCUGCACGUCUAA